CACUGACUGCGGAGCACGUCUCAGCCCUCGCUCAGCGCGACACGAUCGCAUUAUUGACGCUCCACUCCCUUGACCGGUUCACCGCUUCGCUCCGCUCAAACAAACGCGUCGCCACGGUCCGCACACGCUCUCACCCGUCACCCGCCCACGCCUCACCAUGGAGUUCGUCCAAAACUACGUUACCCUGCUGCCGCGGCUGCUCCCGCCGUCCAUCGCUUCGCCGCUGCUCACCUUUGUCACGACGGCGUUCGGCGUCUUUCGCACCGCGCAGACACACCUCACACCGCUCUUGACACGGCUCGCCACGCAGCCCGAUGCCGCGUCGAUCCUCGUCGUCGUCGCGGCGCUCUUCAUCAGCUUCAAGAUCCUCAAUAUGAUGUACCGCGCGGUCCUGUUCUGGGUCAACUUGAUGAUCAGGCUGGUGCUGUGGGGCGGCUUAGGUUUGAUUGGCUUGUGGAUAUACAAUAGGGGCGUUGAUGGGUUUGUGCAGGAUGUGCAGGACUUGGCACACACGUGGGCCGGCGAGUACGAGAAGUACAGUGGUGAGGUUAAGAGGUUCCAGCAGGAUCAGGAGGCGCAGAUUAGGUUGCAGGCGAAGCAGCAGGGCGGUCGCAGGGGGCGGCGAUAGGUUAUGACAAGAGAGGAUAAGAUAUUGGAUAUUAUAUGAAGGAUGGUGAGAUGUUCGAUGAAGACAACGAAUUAUGGCUUAUGACUGUACAGUUUGGGUGGGCGUUGUGUUGCAUUACAGCGGAUCAU